AUGUUGUUGAAGAAAUUUUUUGUUAUUAUUGUAUUCCUCGCUUUGACAAGCUUAGGAUCCACCAUUCCACCAAAUAUUGCGUCAAAAAUCCCACCAAAAACCUUACAAAUAUUAGAUAAUGUACCCCUUAACUUAUCAAAAAACUGCGCAAGUGCAUUGCAAGAGGUUAUUACCAACCCUGAAAUUUUAAAUUGUAUCCCACUUGUUGCUAUUUUACCAAUUCUACCUAUAAUUACUGACCCUAAUUUUUUUAGUUCUAUUAAGCAAAAUCCCAAAAAGCUUCUAGAUUAUCUUCCUCAAUUAGAUCAAUUCUCUGAUAUUCUCUGUGGGGUCCCUAAAUGUUCUAAUAAAAGUGUCCAAGGUGCAAUUAAUACUAUAAAAGAUGGAUGUAACGAGGAUCUAAAAGAAAAAGACACAACAGCACAAAUUGCUUUUGGCUCUGCCGUUUUCUUUUCUCCUGUGAGAGACAUAACAUGUUUUAAAGUUAUAGAUAAAGAUAAAUAUUGUAAAGAUGAAACUGCUAAGGUCGUCUUAGAUUUACCAAAUUCUCCGAUUAAUAUCACACAUAAUGCUAUUAUAGAUGCUGUUAUUGUUUCUGUCCCAAAAAUAAUCUGUACACGGUGUAACAAAGACAUAGUUAAUACUCUAUUUAAUUUCCUUAAUAAUAAUUAUCUCGCCUUAAAUUUACUUGCUUCGAUGGGAAUUGACCAAUCUCUUAUUGAUAAAACGAAAGUUGGUGUUGCUUUCAAAUGUGGUAUUGAAUUCGAAGAUGGUAUCGUUCCUGAUCUUCCAUCAAAUUGA